AUGGGUCGUCAUGAUGCCGAGGAAGGUCUUCUACGGAGACAAAAGCUGAAUGUGCAUACUUGUGCUGUGCUCGUUGUUCUUGGGUUCGGCUCCCUGACGUAUGGUUAUACUGCCUCCAUCAUCGGCACAACUCUAGGCCAACCGUCCUUCAUCAAAUACUUCGACCUCGACACUCGAUCCAAUGCCACCGACCUCAUGUCCACCAUGAAUGGCCUUUUCCAGGCUGGUGGUGUGAUUGGCACAUUAUGUCUCCCUAAAGUGGCAGACAAGUACGGUAGGCGGUGGGCAUGUGCUGUGUCUGCGCUCCUCGCGGUCAUAUCUGGUGCUAUAAUGGCGGGAAGUGUCAAUGUUGGGAUGUUCAUUGCUUUUCGCUUCGUUGCCGGUGCCAGUGCGUUCAUGAUUCUGGCAGCGGUGCCAAUCCUGAUGAACGAAAUUGUGCCGGUCCACAUGCGGGGUGCUUUGGUGGAUGUUCAUGGGUUCAUGCUGGUAACAGGCUACACCAUUCAGGGUUGGGUUGGGUUCGGGUUCUACUUCUGGCAAGGCAGCACCAACAGCUGGCGGCCGCCUGUGGCCAUACAGUGCUUCUUCCCUAUCUGUCUAUUGAUCGGACUCUUGUUCGUUCCAGAGUCGCCCCGAUGGCUCGUCAUGCAAGGGAGAGAAGCCGAGGCGGAAGCGGUUCUCUUUAAACUACAUGCGAACGCCGGCGAUCCGGACAACGAUGCUGCCAAGGCCGAAUUCUACCAGAUUCAACAGCAGAUUGCGAUAGACCGAACUCUGGGCAACAGCUGGGCUCAUGUCUGGAGGAAACCAUCAUACCGAAAGCGAGCUUUCCUGGCACUCGCCACCACAGCAAUCAUUCAGUGCUCGGGUGUGCUGGUGAUCAACAACUACGGACCUUCGCUCUACAAGCAGCUAAACUUCUCGCCCGUCAAACAGCUUCUCUAUCCGGCGGCCUGGCUCACAUUUGCUGCGGGUCUCAACGCCGUGGCGAUGCUGCUGGUCGAUCGGUUCCCUCGAAACAAGUACAUGGCAUUUGGAGUUUUGGGCUGCAUGGCAGCGCUGAUCGUCGAGGCGGCCCUUGUGGCCAAUUUCGUGCCAUCCGACAACCAUUCGGCUCUUCAAGCCGCAGUCGCCAUGUUUUUCGUUUUCCAGAUCUUUUAUUCACUUUGUCUGGACGGCACUCAAUUCUCCUACCUUGGUGAGGUCUUUCCUACUCACCUUCGCGCCAAGGGUGUCUGUCUGGGGGUGUCUAUGAUUUCGUUCAUGAACAUCAUCUGGCUUCAAAGUGCUCCCACCGCCUUUGAAAACAUUGGCUGGAAAUUCUACCUUGCUUUUAUCAUUCCAGGCACGAUCGGAGCCAUCGCCAUGUGGAUCUGGUUCCCGGACACCAAUGGUUUGCCGCUGGAGGAGGUCGCUGCCAUUUUCGGUGAUGCCGAUGAAGUGGCCAUCUAUCAGAGAGACCUUGAGGUCGAUCUGGUCACUCGUACUAUUGUCGACCACCACCGCGCAGGGCCUAAGGAGACUGGUGUUGCUGCAACUCAUAUUGAGACCGGGUCAGGUGGGAGCGAGAAGCGAUGA